AUGCCUCGUGUGUACAAUGAGCUGGUGCUACAUCUGACCAAGGAACGGAUCCUGAUCGAAUCGAGUGAUAGUGAUUACGAAGUCAACGAGCAACUCACAAUCGAUCGCGAGAGUGGCGAGGUGACACACUUGGGCAAACCCUUCCCAGACCAUCCAAUCUGGGAGUGUGAGACGCGCCGUGUAUGUGGUCUGCUCGGAAUUAUCCCGUUACCGAGUGGACCGUACCUGCUGGUCGCUACCGACCGAGUGCCGGUUGGCACAUUGUUCGAGAAGAAGAUUUUCAGGCUCGGUGCCGUCGAGUUGAUUCCGAUAGCGAGUGAUAAGCGAGAUCGGAAGCAAGACAACUACUGCCGGCAAACGGUGCUGAAUCUGUUGAAGGAGCCUUACUUCUACUUCUCCUACGAAUAUCAUCUGACGCAUUCGAUGCAGCGUAUUGGCGAAUUAUCACGAUGCAUUUUUGCGGCGCACGAUAGCUACAGUAUGUACGGUGAUGCUGAUCAACGGUUCGUGUGGAAUGAUGCUUUGUUGCGCGAUUGGUACCGGCCGGAGAUGCGUAACUUCUGUCUUCCGCUGAUGCAUGGUUUCAUCUCCAUCGAUACGCUGGAUCCGGUGCUGUAUCCUCGGCUGCGUGAUCAUCGAUCGUUGGUGCUGGCGCUGAUUUCACGACGGUCCCGGGAACGUGCCGGGACCCGGUUGUUUACCCGCGGUAUCGAUACCGAUGGUCAUGUAGCGAAUUUUGUCGAAAGCGAGCAGAUCUUUGUUUGCGGUGAGUUGUGCUUUUCGUACGUGCAGACUCGCGGCAGUAUUCCGCUCUUCUGGACACAAGCACCGAAUCUACGCUUUCGGCCACGGCCACGACUAGAACCGGAUGCGGAUCAUCUGAAUGCCUGCCGGCAGCAUCUCACCGAUCAGUGUGCACGGUAUGGAAAGGUGCUGCUGGUUGACCUGGUGGACCGGUCAGUUGAAGCUGAGUGCGAUUUGAGCCUGCAAUACGGAACGAUUGUCUGGCAGGUUGGCAACCCGGAUGUGGUGUACGCUCGCAAGGGAAUGUUUGAACAGGUCGACGACUCCAAUGAUCUGAAUGGCUAUGUGGCUCGACUAGUUUUUCCGAUUAAGAUCAUUUUGUGUAAUCGUAAGCAGGAUCGUGUCAUCCGCGCGAACAGUAUCGAUUGUAUCGAUCGAACGAAUGUGUUCCAGAGCCGCGUGGCUGCACGCGUUUGCGCGAGGUCGCUGUUCGAGCUGGGCAUUGCUCGCGACGUCAAUGAUCCACUCGUUGCGAUUGUCAAGCAUCGUUGCGAGAUCGCAUGGAUUGAGAAUGCGAAUGUACUGUCCCGGCAGUACACGGGCUCGAACGCACUCAAGACCGAUCUGACGUUCCGUCGUUCCAACUCGCUCGUAGGCUAUCUGCGAGAUGCAAUCAACUCGCACGAGCGAUACCAUCUGAACAACUACUACGAUGGUAGUCGUCAGGAUGCGAUCGACUUCUUUCUGCGUGCGUCCCUCAUACCUGGCCAACGGUCGCGUGCGCCACACAUGCCGCAGCUCGAGUACCGUACGCUAGAGGUUGGUCUUGGAGAUGAAGAAUAG